CCGCUCGCCGGGCCCCUCUAAAGCCUUGAGACGUCGCCGCCUCGGAGCGUCUAGUACCGCACCGCCGCCCGCCGCCGAAGCACGCGCUCCCGCAUACUUGGCGUCUUUCCCUUAAGACGGCGGACGCCAGAUUAUUGGGGCGGCAACUUGCCAUUUUCCUUUAUUGAAAUUAUUUUUUUCCUGCCUAUUCUUGGUUUAAAAAUUUAUUUUUUUAUUUUUUUACUAUUUGGGGUUUGAGAAAAACCCACCCAAGCCGUGUUUUGUGAGGUUUCCGGGACACAGGAGCCGAGACCACCGAGGCAGAAGCGAGGGCUGGUGCACCGCCAAGGACAAAAGGAGCCUAGCGCUGAUCGCUGCACCCAUUCCUUCUAGUGCCCAUCAUGAAGAAAGCCGAAAUGGGAAGAUUCAACAUUUCCCCGGAUGAGGACAGCAGCAGCUACAGUUCCAACGGCGAUUUCAACUACUCCUACCCCACUAAGCAAGCUGCUCUGAAAAGCCAUUAUGCAGACGUAGAUCCUGAAAACCAGAACUUUUUACUUGAAUCGAAUUUGGGGAAGAAGAAGUAUGAAACAGACUUUCAUCCAGGUACUACUUCCUUUGGAAUGUCAGUAUUUAAUCUGAGCAAUGCGAUUGUGGGCAGUGGAAUCCUUGGGCUUUCUUAUGCCAUGGCUAAUACUGGAAUUGCUCUGUUUAUAAUUCUCUUGACAUUUGUAUCCAUAUUUUCCCUGUAUUCUGUUCAUCUCCUUUUGAAGACUGCCAAUGAAGGAGGGUCUUUAUUAUAUGAACAAUUGGGACAUAAGGCAUUUGGAUUAGUUGGAAAGCUUGCAGCCUCUGGAUCAAUUACAAUGCAGAACAUUGGAGCUAUGUCAAGCUACCUCUUCAUAGUGAAAUAUGAGUUACCUUUGGUGAUCCAGGCAUUAAUGAACAUUGAAGAUACAACUGGAUUGUGGUAUCUGAAUGGUGACUAUUUGGUUCUGCUGGUGUCGUUGGUGCUCAUUCUUCCUUUGUCACUGCUGAGAAAUUUAGGAUAUUUGGGAUAUACCAGUGGCCUCUCCUUGUUGUGUAUGAUGUUCUUUCUGAUUGUGGUGAUUUGCAAGAAAUUUCAGAUUCCCUGUCCUAUGGAAAUUGCUUACCUAGUUAAUGAAACAAUAAACAGCACCUUAACACAGCCAGCUUUUGCACCUGAUGUGACAUUUAACAUGACUGAAGAUGAUUCUUGCAGACCACGUUACUUUAUCUUCAAUUCACAGACUGUCUAUGCUGUGCCCAUUCUGACCUUUUCAUUUGUCUGCCACCCUGCUAUUCUUCCCAUUUACGAAGAGCUAAAAGACCGCAGCCGUAAAAGAAUGAUGAAUGUGUCCAAGAUUUCAUUUUUUGCCAUGUUCCUCAUGUACCUGCUUGCUGCCCUCUUUGGAUACCUGACAUUUUAUGAACAUGUUGAGGCAGAAUUGCUUCAUACCUACUCAACCAUGCUGGGAACUGAUAUCCUUCUUCUCAUUGUCCGCUUGGCCGUGUUGAUGGCCGUCACCCUGACAGUACCAGUCGUUAUUUUCCCGAUCCGGAGUUCCGUAACUCAUUUGUUGUGUGCAGGAAAAGAUUUCACUUGGUGGCGUCAUAGUUUCAUUACAGUGUCUAUCUUGGGACUUACGAAUUUGCUUGUUAUCUUUGUACCAACUAUUAGGGAUAUCUUUGGUUUCAUUGGUGCAUCUGCCGCUGCUAUGUUGAUUUUUAUUCUUCCAUCUGCCUUCUAUAUCAAGUUAGUGAAGAAAGAAUCUAUGAAAUCUGUACAAAAGAUUGGGGCUUUGCUCUUCUUGUUGAGCGGCAUAGUGGUGAUGAUCGGAAGCAUGACCUUGAUUGUUUUGGAUUGGGUGCACAAUGCCCCUGCAGGUGGCCACUAACUGGUACCACUCAAACUCCACUAGUCCAUUUUGAUGCCAGUGUUGAGUCAACUCUCAACUAACUAUGAAAUUUCACCUAAUGUUCCAGUUUCACUUCCUUCUGAAGUGCAGAUUCCUCGCUGGUUCUUCUGAGUACAGAAUAAGUGAACUCGUUUAAGAAACUAUUCUGUUUGAUAGCAAUGGAUAUUAACAGCAAAACCACGAGUCUCGGGUGAAGGGAAGUGACAAUUUUAUUCCAUUCCAGAGAAUGGACAAACUCUUUAACUUUUAUCAAGCCACAUGUUUGGCUGUGUCAUUGUUUAACUUGGAUAUUUUAUGAUUUUACUUGAAUGUGCCUAAUGGAACCAUUCGAUGUGAGAAAUUAUUCUUAAUUUACAGCAAAGUAUUGAAAUAACCAUUGAGAAAAACACUAUUACUUUUUGUACCAAAAAUACUUACAGACCUCAAAAGCACUAUUUUACUUUUAAGAAUUGCUUUUUUUUGAACUUUAUCCAGAAACAGUUGUCAGUAAAUCCCAUGAAAAAAUUUAAUUGGUAUUUAAAAACAAGUAUUAGUAUAAGGAAAUGAAUGACUUGCCUUUUUGUAGGCAUAAUAAGCCAAAUACUUUUUUACCCAAAAUAAUUUUUAGAGAAAACGAUGUAAUGAAAAAUUACACCAUUGAAUAUGAAUGUAGUUUUCUCCAUUCAAAACUUCACCAUUACUUUAAAGGAUAAUUAAUGGAUUUUUGCUAUACCAAAUCGGAUGAACCCUGUUAAUCACUUUUCUGUCCCCAAAUAAUCUGGUUCAUACAGACUGAGAUGCUUAUGGCUUCAACCUAUUAGAAUGGAAGAUAAUGCAGAGAUUUCUGUGGAAAAUAAAAUAACUAAUUCUGAGGUACCAAAUAGUGCAAUUGGGUAAGACAGGGUUUAUUCAGUUGCAUCUGUCACCAGAGUUGUAUGUUGAUAGCUCUGGGUCUUUUUUUGGGCCAGCCCUUUUUGGACAUUGCUUCCAGCAGUGGAAAGUGGGCAUUUGGUGGCUAUAGGCCAAAACUGUUCUAUCCAGAGAGUACAACUUUUCAAAAUGCUCAUCUCCUACUGGAGGUGUGAAAUACUUGAUAAUGUAUGGCUUAGUUAUGUUCAUGUUCUGUCUACAGUAGAGGUCUAAUCCACAGGUUACACCGGUAUUUGGUAUAAGUUCUCUUUGUAUAGGCCACUGGGUUUCUCAUGCAGUAAGCUUUUAAACUCAUAUGCACUAGAUUGUCAUCUCAUUCUUGUACAACUUAGAAUUAUUUGUUUACAUCCAACAAAUCAUUAGCUAGGGAAAACAGUGCAAUCUGAGUGUACGUUGUAGUUUUGGUCCAACUGCAUGUUCACCCUUCCCAUUUCAAUCCUGGUUAGAAGUGAAAACAUUACCUUUAAACUUGGCUUUGAGAGCACAUUUAUUGUACGUUACGGUGUAUGGUGAAUAUAUUAUUAAAUAAUGUGGUACUUUGCUCAUCAGGCAUAAUGUCUAAAGUCUAAUAUACAUAAUUCCAUUAGUGGUUGAGGGAAGCAAAUAAUGGAAUCAUCAAUUGGUCAUCUGGCUCUAAGGUUAUCUCUUGAACUGAACCUUUUAGUUUUAGACUAGAGCCAGAAAUGUGGCAGACAUGGUUUAUGUUACACAUUCUUGUAUUAUAUGUGACUAAAUUACAGGCAGGAUGUGUCUGUAAUUAAAGACCGUUGUGGAACUGGAAGACGUCUUGUAGUGCUACAUUGGGUGAAACCAAUGGUCCGUUUCUGUUGAUUUCUACGAAAAUAAAAUAAUUGGGGACCAUCUAGAAAGGCAGUGAGAAGAUGGAUUCUACAGCACUGCUUUCAUUUAUUGGGCUUUUGGCACUCCAUUUGAAUCUAGAACCUCACCUCUAGUUCAGACCAAGAAUUGGCACUUCUGCUUGAGUUCCUGGAAUGAAUCGUUGAUUUCGUGUCAGAUCUGCCAGGGAAUGCCAAGAGUCUUUUUUACUACACUUUGCAUCCUUUCAGAUGUGAGAAAAUACUAUUUAAUGGCAGCCAGGAAGGAGUGGAAAAAGAAUCCUCACAGCAAAUCAGUGUGGAGAAGUUCCAUCAAUCCUCUCUGGCCAUAUUUGAAGUUCAAAAUAAGCUGUCUAGAGUAAAUUCCAAUGCAUGGUUUUCUUGGAGCUGUCUUGUCUGCCUUGAGGUUCCUAAACAGUGAAUUCCCAUUAAUGAGCAGUCUUCAGUAUUAAAACCACUGUCUUGUCACCUCAUUUUGCAUUACUGUCUUCCGUGGAUGUUUCAGUUAUGACUGUAAUGUUAUUUAUAGAACAGCAUUAAUCCAUUAAAGCUAACCUAUUUUUCAAUAUUUAUGAUAAUCUGUGUACAUACAUUGUCCAUAUGUAUUUGUAAAUAGAUGUAUAUAAUGUCAGGUUUGGGUCUUGGGUUCAAUUGUAUAUAUUCCUAUGUUUCUUAACUGCAUUUUGAUGAAUUCCUAUUAUGUAUCUUUAAGAAUUGUCCCAAAAGUACCUGUACAGGCUUCAUUAUAAAGGAAUUGACAUUGUGUACAAACGCACUAAAAAUUCAAGGUAAUAUUUGUUUAAAUUAUGUUUUCAGUAAACUGGUUGAAUAUCAGUUGUUUUUUUUUUUUUUCAUGAAAACUUGGUGCAAGUUCAGAUCUCUAAAUUUUAACUAAGGUCUAAAAUUUCAAAAUGCAGUGGUUAUCAAAUGUGAUCUAGUAUAAUGAAAUCAAAUGUGAUCUAGUGUAACGAAAGACCUUUGAGAACCUGGGUGUGUUAACUUUAUGUAUAUAGUGUAAAUAUCCCCACUUGUACUGUUAGAGGCCAACAAUUCCAGUAUGGCUUGUUGGCAAAGAGUGCUACACCGUUUCAAUGAAACAAUGUUUAACUGAACUAAAAUAAAUACAUACAUAAUCCUGA